AUCAAUGAAACUUGCAAUUUUAUGCCUAAGAUUUCAGACAAUCACGAACCAUUGGUACUGUUCCAUAGAUAAAAUAUUGCUUAACCUCUCUUUAUGGGUUCUCUAUGUCUCUACUUUUUGCUGUCCUUUAUAUGAGUAGUCUUAUUAGCAGCCUAGUUGCCUGAGUUGUUUUACUUUUUUUCAUCCACCCGGGAGCUCCAAGAAACUGAUUGUGGCGCAGCUUUUUUGUGGCUUAUCAAUCAAUCAAUCAAUCAAUCAAUCAAUCAAUCAAUCAAUCAAUCCAUUCGACCCUGAAACUCAUCUCUUCACCACCCAAGAUGCACUCAGAGCCACCAUGCAGCAAGCUGAAUUGUUUCUUCUGCACCAUGAAUGAGCCAGAACCUUCUGUAAGAAGAGCAAAACUCAGCCAUUGCUUCAAAGAGAUGCCUCUCAGAGAUGAUCAAGAACAUGUGUUGGUCUUGAGUGGGCUGUGGAACAUUUCCAUGGCACAACCUGAUGAUCCAGAGUUUCCUGCACUUGGUAUAUUUGAAUGCAUGGCCAAACUGAUCCAUAGAGGCAUCACUGAUCAAAACUGGCUUCUUAGAGGUCAGAACAUUUACAUCCCCUACUAUGCUGCUCAUGUUAUUGGUUCAUAUACAAUGGACAAUCCUCAAUUUGCAGAAAAAGCUGUUAAAUCAGGUGUGGUUUUGCCAUUAAUGGAGCUUUUGAGAGGUAAGAUGAGUUGGGUUGAACAAAGAGUUGCAGUUAGAGCACUGGGUCACUUGGCAAGCCAUGAAAAAACCUUUGAAGCUGUUGUUGUACAUGAAGUGGAGAUCAUAAGUCUGGCAAUGGAAAUAGUUAGCAAUUGCCUUGAAGUAGUGUACAAAGAGUUUGUUGGAAUAAAAGCUAGGAAGAGACCCAAAUACCAUUGUGAUUUGCUUACAAGAGGAGUUGGAGAGUUGGAGUUGCAGUCAAGGAAAGCUGAGGAAUGGGCCAGUCAGCUUCAGUGUUGGUCACUUUAUCUGCUGAAUUGCUUUGCAAGCAAAGAGAGAGGUCUCACCCUAAUCUGCAACACUGAGUUUUUGAACAAUUUGUGUGGAAUGUGGGGUGGACUAGUCAACCUCACAUCUCCUGCAGGGAUCGGAUUACUUAGAACUCUUUGUUCCUCAAAAACAGGAAGGAAAAAUGUAGCAAAUUCAAGACAAGUAAUGGAGAGCCUUUGCAAUGUUUCAAGAUCUUCAGAUGACUGGCAAAACAUGGCCAUUGAUUGUCUCUUGUUGCUUCUCAAAGACCCAGAGACAAGAUAUGGUGUUAUUGACAUUGCAGCAUCGUCUCUUGUUGAUUUAGUUGAACUUAGAAGCCUUGGAGAAAGCAAAAUGGUGGGGGAAACAAUAAGUCAGACAUUGUUGCAAGAUUACUACAAAAUCAAAUUUGGGUUUUUGAAGCUGAAGAACCAGGAAGCUGAGAAAGCAUUAGAAGAAUUAUGGGAAUUGAGAGUUGAGAACAUCAAAAGAGACAAACUAAUGUCUGAACAAGACAUGAAAGAGAGACAAGUACUUGUAGGGAAGUUGAAAAAACAAGGCAACCAAAAGUUUUGGACUGGUAAAAUUGAGAAAGCUUGCAAGAUUUAUUCCAAGGCCUUGGAAUUGUGUCCAUUAAACUUUAGAAAAGAGAGAAUCGUUCUUUACAGUAACAGAGCGCAGUGUUAUCUGCUACUGAAAAACCCAGCAGCCGCCAUUAGUGACACAACUAGAGCUUUGUGCUUAUCAGGUACAGUGAGUCCCCACAGUAAAAGCUUGUGGAGAAGGUCACAAGCCUAUGACAUGAAAGGAUUGGCCAAAGAGAGCUUGAUGGACUGCUUAAUGUUCAUCAACAGCCGCAUAAAAUCAGAGCAUACGAAACGUGUCAGGAUCCCCUACUACGCAGCAAGGAUGAUCAACAAGCAGAUGAGCGCCACGUGGCUAUUUGCAAAUGCCAAGUCAAAACUUUGCAUCAAAAAGGAGAAAACUGUAGAUGAAUAUGAAUCCAAAGGAGAAUACCAGCUGCAGGAAAUGAUGGAUGCUAAAAACAUGGGUUUCCCAGAUAUGCCAACCAUAUUAGAAGACCCUAAAGCUGAAAAGAGAUGGAAGAAAAGAUAGAAAAAGCAGGCGGGAGAAGAAAAGACAUAAUCAAUAUCAAUAUCGAGGCUGGAGUAAGAGAUAAUCAAAUGCAGUCGAUCACACAGUAAGAGAGGGAAGGGAUACAACAUGAUCAACAUAAACUGACCACUCAGAACUCUAAGCAAAGCAUUGAUGGUAAGAUUGUUAGAAAGGUUGCAACUGAUAUGCAGCCUAGCUAUGGGGAAAUUUGGGAGAGGAAUGUGAUUAGUAGGACGUGUGUAGCUUUCCAAACAUUUUAGCUAUUACACCAAUUGUUUACAGGGUGUAUGAUUUAAUUUUACUUGGAACUUCGAAUAAUAA